AUGUUCGAGUUCCUCCGGGACAGUCUUUUGUGCAAUUCAGAAGAGCCAACUCAGAAGUCGGGACGACGGGCGAUCUGCUGCACUGGGACACCAGCUCCACAAACCCGGAGGAGGCCGGCGGAAGUGAUCUCCUCGCAGGGCGCGCCCGUGCUUGCAAAGACCGAAGUUCCGGCUGCCCUGCCAUGGGAUCAUCCUCGAUUGAAGAGGGAUACGCCCCCGCUCCGCAACAGGUCGCCCGUGCAGACGUUUCGAUCCACGCCGUCCUUGAGCCCUCUAGGCAGUGCCAUGGCCUGUUCUGGCGCUGCUUUGGCCCAGCAGGAAGACUGUCAGCCUGGCCGAGGGCUCUACGUGGCGAUGCAGCGAGGCCUGGGGCCCCGGGAGCCGCCCAAGUCUCGAGAUCGUCGGCACGAUCCAUCGCCCACUAGGCCCGCGACUCCGUUGCAGCAGCGGCGACAAGUUGCUAGGCCAAGCGUGAGCACCUCCUUUCCGGCGGCCUCUUACGAGGCAGUCCCAGAGGACACGCUGGAUUUGUACAUGCAGAAGUUGGCCAGGUGUUUGCCUCAAAAUGGGGCGCGCUCCCUGUUCAUACGGCGGUUGUCGCGUGGAGAGUACGAGGUUGACGGCUGCCGGGUCAGCAUCGCCUUGAGAGGCGGUGAGGCCUAUGUUUAUGCAACAAACAGCAACGACGACACGGAUCGUGCCGAACGCCUGCAGAGCUACCUGCUGCGGGCCGCGGACAAUGCGUUGGCGCGAUCAAUGAGUGCUGGCGGACCAUCGGGGGCAUCUUUCAACCAACACGAGGUUAUGCCCCGGGUGCCGCUAGGCAUACGGAGCCAGACCAUGCACAUGCCAAGCUCUGGAAAUCCUUAUGCAGGCGUCCUUGUCCGAGGUCUUGAUGGUGGAAGCUUCCUGCUGGGCAGCUCUUUCUACAGCCAGACGAGUGUGCUGGCCUCGAGAGUCGCAUGUAAUCAUUCUGUUGUUCUCAGGGUGGUCAACCAUGGUCAACACCGAAUCCCACAAAAAUGUACAAGGAGUGCGGGCCUGCGAACCUCAGAAGGAUCCUGA